GCGAGAUUUCUCUUCGAGGUCGCAGCUUAGGGAAUGCCGGGAAGGACGGCCACGGUGAUGCGUGUAGAAGAGCAACUGGUAAGCAUAGGAUACACUGUGACAGUACUUCUCCGAGCGUACGUAGACGAGGACUUGACGGCGAGUGAGUGCAGACAACGAGCUAGGGAUUUGAUCCACAAGCGUAGAGCUGAUGUACUGGCGCGAGUGACCUUCCAGACCUCGAUUUCCUAUGAUGUGAUGAUAUGGUCUCAUGGUUAUAUGCGCGCGGAGCACUACCACGAUGAGACGGUAGCGGAGGCUAGAGCGAGGAUGAGAGGGGGAAGAGAGAGAGACGAUGAGCCAUGGCGAUGUAGGGAUGAUGAGAUAGACCGAGACCGCAGAGAUCGCGAGCCAUUUGCGCGAGCAAGGAGGCAGGAUGAUUAUCCGCGAAGCCCUCGCUAUGAGGCCGAUCGGGGUAGAGGCGAUUCCCGCGGCCGAUGGGAGACAGAUCAGGGGCGACGAGAUGGAUAUAGGGACGAUAGGUACGAAAGAACGGACCGAGAUGGAUAUAGGGACGACAGAUAUGAAAGGUCGGGUCGAGAUGGCUACAGAGGUAGUAGGUAUGAAAGAGGAGAUCGGGACUGGGAACGACGAGAUGGGUCGCGCGGACGGUUUGAGCGCGGUGGAGAUGCGAGAGAGCAGCGCGACGAGUCGCGGGGAUGGUACAACCGAGGGGACCGACGCGAUGAGUCACGAGGACGAUAUGAGUCGGGGGACCGCCGGAAUGAUUCGCAAGGGCGGUAUGAGCAAGGAGGGUCUGGAGGAGACCGGCGCAACGAUCCGCGCGGUCGGAAUGAGAGAGGGGGAUAUGGUGUCUCAUCAGAACCAUAUCCCAAGUCGCCUGACCCCAAGGCGGCCAGGAGUUCGAUCUCUAGAGGCGCAGACGACAGGCCAUCUACUCCCAGGAACUCAUGCGUUUACUGUAGACGAGAAGAUCAUAUCAAGAGGGAUUGCCCGGACCUCAAACGGGCAAUAGAUGAGGGACUUGUCGUGCUUGACGACCGCAAGUACGUCAAGUGGGCAGAUGAUCUGGGAGACGUAUCGAUGUUCCCCUCGAUGAAGGAGAAUGUCGAAGCAAGGAGAAUAAAGACGAGUAAAGGAAUGGAGCCGGUCAGGAGCCAGAGCAUCAAGAUAACCUUUGAGGGGGAUAUCGCGACCACACCCAUAAGGGUGGCAGCCACCAAGUCCGCAAGAGGGUCGACAACGAAGAAGACUGACACGGACUACGUGAUGACGGAGAAGGACGGGCAGCGGGUCGAUGGAGAGGAGGUUAUCCUUUCGCCGCGAAAGAGGGGAGUGAAGAAGAUCUUAAUGAAGAGUUCGCUGGACGAGAUUGACACGGUCGAGCCACUGAGGCGGACCCUUCGGCAACCCAUGCAGUGCUCUAUUCUGGAGUAUCUGGCGGCAUCGAAGCCGAUUCGUGAUGAGUUACAGAUGAUCACGCGGAAGACUCACAUACCUCUAUCGGAGGAGGGUCAGGGGGCCCCUAAGGCGGAAGCUUCUACAGUAGCAGUAACGGGGGUGACUGCCAGAGCGGAUCGCAUGGCGACAGUCCUUCUCGAUGGAAUGGAAGGUGUGCCUCCAGACAAGUUUUAUAUACAUGGUAGUGGGGCCGUGGAGACGAUUAUAAACGAUGGAGCGAUACUUGAUGCUGUGAUCGAUAACGGCAGUGAGGUUGUCAUCAUAGACGAGGACCUGGCAGUACAGGUUGGACUGGGCCUCGACAGGUCGUACCUAUUCGAGAUAGAGACGGCUGAUGGGAGAAAGCAACAGAUCAAUGGGGUUUGUCACAAGGCAGCCAUAGAGGUCCAAGGGGUACGAGUGACCCUGCCUGUCUUUGCAGUCAAGAACUGCAGCUCCGACCUGCUCUUGGGUCGAACUUGAGAGAAUAUCUGGUACUAAAAAUGUCGUGGCAGAUGGACUUUCACGCAUCCCUCUCGAGCGUCCGAUAGUAGCUGGGGCUC